UUUUCCAUGUCUUCAUAUGGGGCGAAGGAACGUGUAUAAUCUGCUUUCUUUGUAUGGCCGAUAUUUCUCUCCCCCAAUCGGAGCUACCCAAGCAUCCAAAUCUGGACCUUUAAUCGGAAAAAGAGAAAAACUUUUUGUCUCUUAUUUCUCCGAUGGAAGCUUCGCUGAUUUCGUCCUAUCGCGACGAUCAAAUCCGUCCCUGUAAACUACUUUUCCUUGAAAAAGAUCGACCGUAGUGCGACCCUUUAACCUCUUAUCUUUUUCUCUUGAAUUUCAUAGAGGAAGCAAAGCAUCUUCCUCUUCUAUGUGGAGGCCCGGUUCAUCCCGUUAACUGAUCCUCUAAGCAUACUUGGCAGCCUGUCAUGACUGCCGAGACAAAUACUUUGAGUUAUUGGUUGAACUGGAGAUUCUUCCUCUGUGCAUUAUGGGUUUUCACCUCCAUGGUUGGUGCAUCAUUUCUGAUUUGGAAAUUUGAAGGGAAUCGAACAUCAGAACAUGUGAGGAGAGAGAACCAACGUGCAGCAUCAGGGUCUUUGUACGAGGAUGAAGCAUGGAAGACCUGCCUCAAAGAUAUCCAUCCUGUGUGGCUGCUUUGUUUUCGGAUAGUUGCUUUCACUGUUCUACUGUCAUUAAUAACAGCCAAUGUUGUCAUUGAUGGAGGGGGCAUAUUUUACUUUUAUACUCAGUGGACAUUUACUUUGGUUACAUUCUAUUUUGGGCUUGGAUCUUCAAUCUCCAUUUAUAGAUGUUGCAAGACUCGUGAUGCAGCUAGGGAUGAUCAGGCUGAACACACUAAUCUGGAGACAGAGCAAGGUACCUAUGUAGCUUCUGCAGUCGAGGAAACUACACACAGAUCCCACUUGUUUAAAAGUUCAAAUUCCCGUGAAGAAUCUCGUUUUCGCCCAACUGCUGGUGUGUGGAGUUAUGUAUUUCAAAUCACAUUUCAGAUAUGUGCAGGUGCUGUGUUGCUCACAGAUGGCGUGUUUUGGCUCUUCCUUUAUCCUUUACUUUCAUCUAAAGAUUACACACUCAGUUUUAUGAUGGUUAGCAUGCACUCGGUUAAUGCUGUCUUUGUCAUUGGUGACACGAUCCUGAAUAGCAUGCGGUUCCCUAUGUUUCGGAUUGCAUAUUUUGUGUUAUGGACGGGUAUAUUCGUUAUUUUUCAAUGGAUAAUCCAUGCUUGCGUUUCCCUAUGGUGGCCAUAUCCGUUUCUUGACUUGUCAUCCCCGUAUGCUCCCUUAUGGUACAUCAAUUGUAUUUGGCAGUAGGGUUGACUCAUAUUCCAUGCUAUGGCAUUUUUGCUCUUAUUGUUAAGGGGAAGCACUAUUGGUUGUCGGGGAAAUUUCGAGAGUCCUAUCAGAGUUGAAAGUGAGAACAAUUUAUUUGAAUUUGAAGCUGCAUAUCACAUGACAUAGCACUGCCUAAUUAGUGAGGCAGUUACUUGUGAAAGAUACAUAAUAAAUGCUACUGUUCUUCAAAGAGGGGCAUCAUCACCUUCUCUGUAAAUCAAUUUGCACAAACAAAUCAUCACAUGUAGCAAUUUUUUUUCCCUUCGUCUCCAUGAGAUGGUGGUGGUCUCAUGCAAGUUCAGUUAUUGCUUCUUUUCUGUUGAAGUGCCACUAACUUGGUAUAGAUUUAUACAGAAUGCAGUAUGUAUGUCAUGUAGAAAGGAAUUGGUGGAAGUAGUUUAUGGUUGUAAUUCCAUUUAUUGUUUUCUUCUUUAA